AUGUUUCUACUUAUUGCUGUAAUUAUUUCAUUGAUCAUUGUUCUGUAUUCUCUUAUUAAGAAGUAUGGGCGCAGGGAAAGGCUGGCAUAUGAAGCACAUAAUACAGAGCUUGAGAAGUACUUUGGAAUGAAAUCAGAUGGAAGCCUGCAGCAAGUGCUUUUGAAGCAGUUGACAAAGGCAGCUGCAGUCUUCUUAGAGAGAGUAACAAAGCUUGAGAAGGACAUGGAAGUGAUUGGAGGACUGUACGAAAAUAGAAUGAUAAGCGAAGCAUACUGGGAGCAUAUGAACAAGAAAAGCAAGAACUACGAACUGGAAAAGAUGUGUAUUGAGUCUGAGGCAAACAUUCUCAAGCAUGGGUAUGGAGAUGAGAUAUUCAAGGAUGCAAGUAAGGCUGGCUCAUCAGGAAGCACAAACAAAAAAAUUAAGAAUGGCAUGGAAGAUGCACUUUACCUGAAGAAAAGAGAAUUUCUUGAGUCUGAGCUGUUCAAGAGGCUUGAGACCAGAACCGAUGUAGUGUAG